AUGAACUCGCUCCGCCUGGAGGCCGACACGUCGGCAGCCAAGAUCGAGGAGCUCCAGGCCAAGAUCAAGGUCCUCGAGCAGGAGAACCUCUCCAAGGAGCAGGAGAUCACCUCCCUGCAGCACAAGAACAACCUCCUAGAAACUGAGGUUGACAAGCUCGAUGUUGCCGUCAAGGACUUGAAGAAGUCUGCCGAUGAGGGUGUGCAGCACGGAACCCAGAACGAGACCUUGGCACGAAGACUGCAGCUGCUCGAGGAGGAGGCAGAGGAGGCGGACAAGACCCUGCGCGAGGCCAACGAGAAGUUGCGCCAGACCGAUGUCAAGGCGGGUCAUUUCGAGCGGAAAGUCCAGGCUCUUGAGUCUGAGCGCGACCAGUGGGAAUCCAAAUACGAGGAGAUGGCUACGAAGUACUCCAAGGUCCAAAAGGAGCUGGAGGACUUCCAGAUCGAGAUUGGCAACAUCUAA